AUGUCGAGUCCUCAUAGCGAUCUCAGUCGCGCGCCGCGGAAAGGGACAAAGAGCUGCACAGAGUGCAGACGGCGCAAGGUUCGAUGUGUCCGAAUAUCUGAAGAUGCUAAGUCGUGUCGGCAAUGUGAAGAGCGAGGUUCAGCAUGUAUUGCGCAGUCAUCAGCCAGACGGAGGUCCUCUCGAGCACGGUUCUCCUCUCGAAAACGGAUUGCACAGCUGGAAUUCCAGGUUACUCAGCUCACAAAAAUUGUCAACGAUCUUGAAGUCAAGCUUGGGAGCCAACCGUCCCAGGUAAUACUCUCUGACACUGUUCAAGGUCCUGAUGCGCAAGAGUCCGAUGUCGAAAGUAGCGGGUCGGAUUUCCCCAUGACAGAUCGUCCAUCCCAUCUGCGCUCACUCUUCCAGAAUGACUGGCUCAGUGUCGACACGUCGCGAAAUGGGAACAAAGAUGAAGAGCGGCAGGGAAAAGUCUCCGCGCACUUCUCGCGUCUCAUGAGACCUCGACUACAGAGUUUAAUCCCGCCAAAAGAUGAGGUGAUCGAGAUUGCAGGAUCCUCAUUUGAUUGGCUGACCUUGCUACAUACCCUCCUACCGCAACCCUGUACGGUUGUCUCACAGCAAGAACUCCUCGUCAGGUACGAGGAGAUGUGUAGCCCUGAUGUGAACAUCGUUACUCUGGCUUCGUGGCUCCUAGCGCUGGCGAUCACGGCCCAACAACUUCCGCAAGGGACCGAGGAUCGUGGAGAUCAGCCCAGGAAAUGCCAGAAGAGUAAUAUCGGUCAGGGAAACUUCCAGAAGUCGUGGUUGACAAUACGGCGGCUCAUUGCCAUCGCAGAGCUGAUGGGCUUGCCCCGUAUACAUCAGGCAGUUCGGCUUGACAGGAUUAGCGGAAACGAUGACCAGCAUUCCUACAGCAUGGCUCAACUUUGGGAAUUGCUCUGCAACAUUGAAAGGCUAUCGGGAAUGAUCUUGAAUUUACCACCCGACACUCGGCGCUACCAACCGUCGCCCAGUCUACAGAUUAUCGUCGACGGCGUGGUUCAGUCCAACGUAUAUCUCACAAAGCUGCUGGAUAUUGCUGUUCGAAUACAUGAGAUAGAUGAAUCAAGUGCCAGUCAGGGGCCCGCGGCCGAACUCCACAUGACUGCUCUGGAGAUGUCUCGGGAUCUGGGUGCCCUUGCUGCUCAGACCCCCAGCACCUGGUGGCUUCUCAACGAGGAAUCGCCAGUCGACACCGACCAAAUAGUCCAGUUCUUUCACUAUUCAAUCUUGAUGCGAGUAUACCUUCCCAUGGCGUUGCGUCGAGACCCGCGACGGGAGUAUUUGCAUAGUCGGCUACCCUGCAUGGACGCUUGCGAUGCUGUGGCAAGGCGAUAUAUUAUCCUCAGACGAAAACUGCCUCCAGGCGUGUUCGUUGCACGAGUAAUAGACUUGCAAGCGUUUACAGCAACCGCGGUUCUCUUGCUCAUGUCCCGUAACACCUCCCCGACCGACCGGCGCAGUUUUCAUGUCGACACCAGUCAAAUUCAGGGCGUGAUCGCCGAAGUGAUCAAGAUUAUGGGACAAAGAUCCAAGGACCCUACGGGCUUUGAGUUUGCGGAACAAGCCUUUAAUACGCUGUGUGCCCUGAAUCAGCUUCUACGGCAGGAAGAAAACACUGCCUCUGAGCAGACGCUGACCUUGCAAGUUCCUCUACUCGGGAGGCUACAUAUCCGUCGGAAUGUGAAGUCAACACAGAUGACUGCGACAAACGCGAAUGAAUCGUCCCAGCUGGCUCCUUCUUCUCAAGCUCAAACUCAAGAUAAUAUAUCUGCAGCUUUGCUACAGGCUCCAGCUGGUUAUCAACUGCCCACUCUCAUGGACGGCGCGAGUGCUGUCCCGAAUGGGUGGCAAUGGAACGACUUUUCCUGGUCUAUCGAAGAUACCCAUGAGAGCCUAUUCAAUGAUGCUUUCAUGGGUGAUAGUAUCGAACAAACUGCCUUCUGGUACAAUACUCCCAAUAAUGCACCUGCCACGUGGAAUAGGUGCUGA